CCUGGCAAGAAAGCCAGCCAGAGAGAGACUGUGACUCCUUGGGCCCCAACACGUCACCAUGUCCCAGUGAGAACCUGGGGGCCUCUCACGCGUUCUACCUACAGGUGCCAGGAUACAGAGGCCCCCUGCAGCGCUGAGCUCAGGAGCCCCAGCCACACCCAUGCCACGUCCUGGUGGGGAACAGGUCCGUCUCCCAGCCACUCAUCUGACUCAGCCUCGCUGUCCUGGAGGCAAGGGGGCAGGACUUUUCCUUCCCUGGCCUGAACUCGAGGCUCUGAUGAAAGGCCCCUGGAGCCUCUCAAAGCAGACCUAGAGUCCAGGCUGGGGCCAGGGAGUGACCAGGGAGGCACAGGCCCUGGGCCCAGUGCAGAGAGGAGCGAGGUGCAGACUCCAUGCGGAGGCAAGAGGUGCAGACUCCAUGCGGAGGCAAGAGGCCUGGCGGGGCGGCCUCCUGGGGCUCGGUGGCCUCCUGGGACAGGCGGCCUCCUGGCACUCCUUGCCGCCGCCUGCGGGGCUGCCCGACCCGGGCUCCUAACGGAGUCUGGAGCACACGCUGCUGCGCACAGAGCAGGAAGGCCCAGCUCGCCAUCCCUGCGCAGGGCCUUGAACCUUGAAAACUGGUAAACACGGGGGUGAUGGAGGACCAGGGUCACGGCCAGCAGGGCCAGCUGCUGACCACGGGUCGGGAGGCUUUCUCCAGGUGGGAGAGGCGGGGUGGGUGCCUUCCCUGCCUGACCCCUGGCUCCCGCUCCCUGGGCUCUUGUCUUCGGCUGUGUUCCUCUGGGACCCUGCAGCCCCCUGGUCCCCCUUGUGCCCUGCCUCUGGAGGGGGCACAGGGCAGGCCUGCCCAGACCUGGGUCCAGGGCCCGCCACUCGCACCAUCCACUGUUCAGGUUUGCGCUGGGCUCACGGCAUCUGCACUGGCAGCGGCUCGCGGGCUGCGGGAGCACGGGCACCGCUCAGGUGCCAUCAGCCUUGCCCUCCUGGCAGCCCCUGUCCCUGGCCUGCCCCUGGUGUCGGCAGCCCAAGGACCCAACUCAUCUCUGACUGCAAGACUCGUGCUGCUCAGGACUCCAUCCUGAGGGCAGCAGGACAGGAGGAGGACAGGGCGGGCACCCCACCUGGGUGCUUGGCCUCCAGCUCUGUGACCCCCAUGGGACUCUGGAGCUCUCUGAGGCCCGGUUUCCUCCUGGAGAGAGGGACUACUCUCUGUGGCCUGUGCCUGGCAGGGACCUCACAGGACUGAGUGGAGACAGCGAUGUGAGCUCAGACCUUGUGGAAACUCACAGCACGCGGGCGUGAGCUCUGCCCUGGUCACACGGCACCUCCCUGGCUCCACAGGUGUCCCCAGAGCUCCCACUCCACGGCGCACAGGAAAGGAGGGAGACUUAGGAACCUGGCCUCAGUCACGCCAGAGGGCACGGCCCUGCUUUGCCUGGGCAUCUAGGUGGGAGCUCACUCCUGGAGCCGGGCUGCUUCCGCCCUGACAGACAGGCUCAAGUGGACAGCCCGCCCUUCCUGCAUCCCCCUGGGCCCAAGCUGGGGGCUCAGGGAGGCUCACACAGCCAAGGCCACCUGUGCAGUGUCAGCCCAGCCUCCAGGCUACAAGACGGCACAGCUGCUCAGGAGGCAGGUGACCACCCACCCAAGGGUCAGCUGCCUGGGGGGGUGACCAAAGACAAUGACACUCAGGCCGCUGGACCCCAGGCAGGUAUCACUGUCCCACCCCCACAACCAGAGGGGAUGGGGCUUAACCCUUCCCUUCUGGUCACUCCUGCCAGCUCUGUUGCAGGAGAUCCUGAGCCAGCUUUAUAGAGUCAGCCCUCCUGGCCUCUGACCCCCCUCCCCUUCUUCCCUCUCUCUCCCUCCUGGCCUCUGCCCCUCACUGCUGCUCCUUGUCAGUGUCAGAAAAGUUCUGGUGGAAACCGUGCCAGAGGCAGGGCCCGCUUCCCUCCAGAUGCGCCCCCAGGUGCCGGCAGCCACCCUCACCUCAUGGGAUCCUAAUGAAAGGACUCAGUGUCCCGGCCCAGGUGGGCGUGCCAAACCCCCUCUACCACCCACCGGGCAGGCUGGCUCUGGGGGCCCACAGGAAAUGGAGGCGUGGAGCCAUGGCCCUGGGCCUCCCCCAGCUGCUGCUUAAAAGGGAGGCUGGCCGGGCUGCAGGGAGCCCACACCAUGAUGCCCUGGACGUCCCUGCUCCUGCUGCUGCUGGCCGGGCUCCCUGCUGCACGGCCCGCUCCCCCGACCUGCUACUCCAGGAUGCUGACCCUGAGCAGGGAGAUCACCAGUGAGUUCCAGGGGCUGCAGGCCGCAGAGCCAGGGGAGCCCUGUGUGAGGUACCUGCCCGGGCUGCACCUGGAUAUCCACAAUUACUGUGUGCUGGCCAAGCUGCGGGACUUCGUGGCCUCACCCCACUGUUGGAAAAUGGCCCAGGUGGACGCCCUGAAGGACAAAGUGCGGAAGCUGUACACCAUCAUGAACUCGUUCUGCAGGAGGGACCUGGUUUUCCUCUCUGAUGACUGCAGCGCCUUGGAGCACCCAAUCCCGGUGACCACGGGCCCUCCUGAGGGCCAGAGCUAAGGCGGCCAGACUGGAGAAAGAACCCAGAGGCCUGAGGCUGUGCGUCUGCCCAGAUGGAGGCGGAAGCCACAGCCCCACAGGCCUCCCGCCGUGGGCCUCAGCCCCCUGUGGAAGGCAGCGCUGCUGCUCGGGGGCCUGCCUUGAGCUCUGCUGUGCCUUGGUGGUCAGAUGCACCAGGAAGAGGGCUCACGGCCUCUCCUGCAGGGCCAGGAACUUGAGCCCACACAGAGCGGUGGUCCUGACCAUGGCGAGAGCGGGGCACACAGGCACCCGCCUCUUCCUUGUUGGGAACCUGCCGACCCCUGACCAAGCUUCUGUUUUAUGCCUUCCCUCAUCACAAGCUCCCGGGCCCUUCUUUCGUUUUUAAAUAAAUGUUACUGCUUUUAAGAUGUAUUUGUGAGGCUUUUACGUAGCGCUGCAAAAACACUCUUCCCCUGAAAGCUGAUGAAAAUCAAAUAAAAACAUCUUUACUGCGAAA